AUGCCACACUAUUAUACCAAGGGCCAAAACCCUUGCCACUGCCUCGAACAUCAUUUGACAACUCCGCUCUUUGCCGCUGCUGCCAACGGACACACGAGCGUUGUGAAGGCGCUCUUGGACGCCGACGCCAGCCCCUUUCAGCGCAACGACAAACACAUCCAGCCCCGGGACAUUGCCAAGGCGAAGGACCAUGCGGCCAUCGCCACAUGUCUCGAGAAAGCGAUGGACAACCUGGCGCAGCUCGUCACAGCGCUGAGCAAAAACGAUGUGACCUCGACCUUGCGUCUGCUCCGUGCCAACGUCCCCGUCACGAUCCCGUACUUGGUACUAUGUGCACCAACGCCGUUCUAG